AUGGACAUUCCCAAACCCCAAUCCCUCUUCAACCACAUUGCCUCCAGGGAGCUCAAUGCCUAUCGAGUUAGGAAAAGGCCUUACAUGGAUGGAUUGGUCUCUGGCUUCAGCGAAAUCGGAGCUAUGGCCGUACAACACAAUGCCGAAGACACUGUUCCCCUCUCUCUCUCCUUCUGUAAGACCUCCAAAUUCUCUCACAUUCUAGCUUUAUCUGAUGAAGGUGGAUACCUGAGCUUGUUCGAUACUCGCAUCAACUUCCCAGAUUCCGCAACCUUUGAACAAAACGGAGAGAAAGCAAAGAUUUGCGAUUGGGUUUCUCAUUGUAAUGCUGUUUUUGAUGUUUGUUGGAUUAAGGAAGAUACCCAGAUUCUCACAGCUUCUGGUGAUCAAACAAUGAAGGUAUGGGAUGUUCAAGAAAAGAAGUGUCUUGGAGUGUUGGCGGGGCACCAUGGAAGUGUGAAAUCCAUAUGUUCUCAUCCAACUAAUAAUGAUAUUGUUGUCUCCGGUUCAAGGGAUGGAUCCUUUCGUCUUUGGGACUUGAGAUGCAGCUCCACGUCUAAGAGUAGACAUGGAGAACUUAACAUAUGUUCAACAGCUGUCGUCAAAGGAGCACAUGUUUCGUCUCUAGCAAAACGAGUUAGGAAGGGCAAGGCUGCUUCCAUGAGCAUUACAUCUGUUCUUUGUCUCAAGGAUCAGGUUUCCAUAGCCACUGCUGGGGCGGUGGAUAGUGUUUUGAAGUUUUGGGAUACUAGACAUCUGAAAAGUUUUGUCACGAUGACAUAUCCUCAGUCAACAGAUAAGGGAAGAGUACAUGGUAUAUCUAGCUUGUCCCAAGAUGACAGUGGACUUUUUCUUUCAGCCUCUUGCAUAGAUAACCGAAUUUAUCUGUAUAACAUCCUUCAACUCGAAAAUGGGCCUUUAAGGUCUUUCUCUGGAUGUCAAAUAGAUUCAUUUUUUGUAAAGUCUGCAAUUAGCCCUGAUGCAUCUCACAUAGUCAGUGGUUCUAGUGAUGGAAAUGCCUAUGUUUGGCAGGUUAACAAGCCUCAAGAGGAACCUAUUAUUUUGAAAAGUCAUGAUGGGGAAGUUACAUCAGUUGACUGGUGCUGCUCUGAGGUUGGCAAAUUAGCAACUUGUUCUGAUGAUUUCACAGUUCGGACUUGGAAUAAAAGCAGUUAUAUCUGCAGAACAAAAACUCCAUCUACCAUCCGAAGAAGAGUAAUGGCUAUGCCUAGUACAGAAUGCAAAAUGCUUUUAAAUCAUGAAGAAAUGUGCCCCAAGUCAGGAGACAAUGUUUUUUUAUCCAAUGAAUCACUGAACCACCCAAUUAAAUCAGCCACUCCAAUCACACCACCUAAAAUGAAUACAUAUGAAGGCCAUAAGAACAAGCUUUCCUCAGGAUUUGAUCAAACCACAUCUUCUGAAAAAACUCCAGAGUCUGCUUUGAAGAGCCCCUCAACAGUUUUGAACCCUCCAUCCUCCAUAAAAAGAACUAUCCGGGACUACUUUUUAGCAUCUUCAUGA